AAACAGAGAGGCGGAGUAUAUUUGCUGUGACAUGCGGUUUCUUGGAUUGUGCUAGUUGGCUGGUUGGCUAGAUGACUACAAGGUUAGGAGGUUGUGGUCUGCUUAAUUGAGUUCACACAGGGCCAGAUAUGGCGCAGGCCGGGGGAGUCGACCUCAACAGGAAGUUUGUUUCAGAGACGGAGAUAGAGGAGCAGAAGAAGAAGAGACAGGAAGAAUGGGAGAAGGUUAGGAAGCCGGAAGACCCAGAAGAGGCUCCAGAGGAGGAGUAUGACUCUCGUUCCCUAUUUGAGAGGCUACAGGAACAGAAGGAUAAGAAACAGGAGGAAUAUGACGAACAGUUUAAAUUCAAGAACAUGGUGAAGGGUCUGGACGAGGACGAGUCUCACUUCCUGGACGAGGUCUCCCGGCAACAGAGCCUGGUGGAGAAGCAACGUCGGGAUGAGGAACAGCAGGAGCUAAGAGAGUACAGAAGCGCCCUGAAGAAGCUGGCGUCCAAUGACAGUCGCAAGGAGCCCGAGCGGAAGGCGGGCCCUAAGCCAGCGGAGCCCCAGAGGACCAGUCACCUGUCUCAAGCCCACCUGCUGGCCGGAGCGGUCAAGAGACGCAGCUCGUCCCAGUCGUCAGACGGCAGUAAGAAGCAGAGAGUGGAGGAGAGGCCAGCAGGAGGCGCCGUCAGCAGAGCACACACAGAGCAGGAGGCAGGCAGGGGAGGAGGAGCAGGGGGUGAGCAGGGCGCCAAGGUGGGGUCGCCCCCUCCAGGGCUGGGCGAACGCCCCCCAGGGGUCCUGCACCUGCCGUCGGCCGCGGUGUGUGUGGGGAUCCUCCCUGGCCUCGGGGCCUACUCUGGCAGCAGCGACUCUGAGUCCAGCAGCGACAGCGAAGGUAGCGUGGACGGGAUCACCUCGCCCCUAAAGAGACACGGGGCCUUCAGAUAGUCACACACUCCUUUA